AGCUUUUCUCACACGGGAAGUCUUCGGCUCCAUGAGAAGAUUCAUACAGGAGUAAAAUCUUACAAAUGCUUUGAGUGUGGAAAAUGUUUCACCUGGAGUUCAGGUCUUCGGACCCACGAGAAAACACAUAGAGGGGAGAAAAAUGAAAAGUGCCUCGAAUGUGGGAAAUGUUUCACCUUGAAAUCAAACCUGGUGCGACAUCAGAGAAUUCACACUGGAGAGAGACCCUAUGAAUGUCCAGAAUGUGAGAGAAGAUUUAUGUGUUCUUAUGCGCUUCGGAGACACCAGAAGAGGCACAAAGGGGAGAAACCUUAUGAAUGUGGGAAAUGUGGAAAAGGUUUCCUUACACAAACAGAGCUUCAGCUUCACGAGAGAAUCCACACAGGGGAAAAACCAUACAAAUGUGGGGAGUGUGGGAAAUGCUUUUCCGUAAAACAAAACCUUGGAAGGCAUGAGAGGCUCCACACAGGAGAGAAGCCGUACAGAUGCGUAGAAUGUGGGAAAUGUUUUGCUCGACAGGGAAAUCUUUGGACACAUCAUAAAAUCCACACAGGGGAGAAGCCAUAUCCAUGCUUCGAAUGUGGACAAUUUUAUUCUUCCAUAUCACACCUUAGAAGUCAUGUAAAAACUCAUACAGGGGAAAGAAAUUACAAAUGUUUAGACUGUGGGAGUGCAUUUCCUCAUUCAUAUUCCCUUAGAAACCACAGCCGAAUCCAUACAGGAGAGAAGUCCCAUAAAUGUUCGGAGUGCGAUAAAUGUUUUUCUCGGAAAGGUACUCUUGUGAGACAUCAGAGAAUCCACACUGGAGAGAAACCAUACAAAUGCUUGGAGUGUGGGAAAUGUUUUGCCCAAACUUCAUCCCUUCGCAAGCACACCAGAAGUCCCACAGGGGAGUCGCCUUACAAGUGUGCCGAGUGUGAGAAAACCUUUCAUUGUAAAUCUCAGCUAAAAAGGCAUCAGAAAGUCCAUAGUAGAGAGAAACCCCUUCAGUUGUGAGGAAUGUGGAAAACAUUUUUUGAAACGUCACAUCUUACAAUUCACCAGGAACUUCACACAGUCCCAGAAGGGAAAUCCUACAGUUUUUUGGUGUGGGGAAACCUUCACAAUGACGAAACCA